CAACAUUCAGCAGGUGGCGCUGAUGCUCCGACCUAACGUGUGCUCCCGCCUCGACACCAGCGAAGAAGAAGUCUCAGGGCCGUUGUUCGCAGCUCGAGCCAUGGCGGCAGUGCGUAGCUUACGGGUGUCGGUGAAAUCAGACAGCGGCUCCGACCGCUCAGAAUCAGACUCAGAGUCCGAAAAAGAUGCUCGCGAAGCCGAACCGAUGGAGGUGGAGGAUGGAGAGCUGGAAGCGGAGGACAUCUCCGUUAACCGUUCCCUAAAGGAGCUGCUGCCGGAUACGAGCCGGCGAUACGAGAACAAGGCUGGAGCCUUCAUCACAGGGAUCGAUGUCAACUCAAAGGAGGCGAUCGAGAGGAAAGAGAAGCGAGGGAGACGAUUCCACUUCCGUCCCGAGGACAGCGUGGAGCAGAGGGACGUUUUGAUGGACAAAGACACCAUGAAGAAAGCGAUCCCCAGCCUGCGCAUGGAGGCCAUCUACAUGACGGGCGUGGACGACAUGAGCACUCAGGACAUCUUCGGGUAUUUUAAAGAAUAUCCUCCAGCACACAUCGAGUGGAUCGACGACAUGUCCUGUAACGUGGUGUGGCUCGACGACAACACGUCCAUCCGAGCCCUCGUCAACAGCAGCCGGAUGCCCGACCCGGAGGCGGUUACCACGGAGACGGAGAGCACCGAGCAGCCGGACGAACAGAUCAAAGGUCGUGGUGAUCAAAGGUCAGAUGAUGAUGAUGACGAGGAAGAGGGCGAGGAGGAAGUGCCGAAGAAGAGCAGCGAGGAGAUCGAGGUGAAGGACAGCGACGGAGAGGCGGAGCAGAAGACGAAGGCUGUUCAGGUGGAGGACCUGUCGCUGGCUGAGAGAGAGUCUCUGCUGAGGAACGACCUGCGACCCGUCAUCAAACCUUUCAAAGGAAACAAACUGCUGCUGCGCUUCGCCACGCACGAUGAUAAGAAGGAGCUGGGCGCCGCUCGCCGCAGCAGAUACUACAUGAAGUACGGAAACCCAAACUACGGAGGCAUGAAGGGCAUCCUCAGCAACUCCUGGAAGAGGAGGUUUCACACCCGCAGGAUCCAGAGAGACGUCAUCAAGACCAAGAAGCCUCUGAUUGGAGACAACUUGGGACACACGCCGCCGUACACACACCGCCACUCCGCUGACCUGGUGAACCUGCCCGAGGAGCCCAUCAAGGAGGAGGAGGAGGAAGAGGAGGGAGACGAGGACAUGGACUCAGACGACCGCGUGGUGGAGUACGGAGAGCGCGGUGAUGGGGAGAAAGGCGAGAGGGGGGGCGGCACGCGUCCGCUGGGGGCAGGGCUCCGCAGCCGUGCGGAGCGCUCUCCCUCUCCGUGGUCGGAGUCGGAUGAGAUGGACUACGACCUGGAGCUGAAGAUGAUCUCCACGCCGUCGCCCAAGAAGACCAAGAAGAUGACUAUGUACGCCGACGAGCUGGACACCACCCUGAAGAGCAUCCGGAACCGGGUCGGGGGGUCGGGCUCACAGACCAGGGCCAAAUCUGCGUCGCCCCCCAAGGUGACGGACGUGCGGCAGCUGCUGGAGGAGAAAAGAAAAGGCCUCUCGCAGCACAGACAGCCCCCCCCGGUGGCCCCCAGUGGAAAGACAGAUGUGCGGCAGCGUUUGGGGAAAAGGCGCUACUCUCCCGACGGACGGCGCUCCCCCUCCCCCGUAUCCCCCAGAGACACGCCCCCCGCCAGAGAACCAACCAGAGAUGUGCAUCGCAGACUGGGCGUGGCCAGUCCAGACGCCAGAGGCUCCUUCUCCUCUUCAUCCAAAGACAGGAAGACAAGCGCGCUGUGGAGCAGACUCGGCUCUGCCGGCGAAGACGACGGCGGCGGCGGAUGUGACGAGCGCCGGCCGAGCGGCGUGCCGUCGGGCCUCUUCUCCGCCUCGUCCUCGGGGAGGAAGGACACCGGCGGGGGCGCCAGCGUAGGCAAGAGACAAGGCGACGGAGAGAAGGAGGAAGAGGUGGAGGAGGAAGACGACUCGACGCUGCAGAAGAUGUGGGGCGCCAUGAUCAAACAGAAACAGGAGCGUCUGUCCACCAAGAUCAAGAAGAGCCGGCUGGACAACCUGCCGUCUCUGCAGAUCGAGAUCAGCCGCGAGAGCAGCGACGACUCCGACGCCUGAGACUGGGGGGGGGGGGGGUCUGUCAAACGUCACAACUCUUUUCUCCAAGUACAAUAAUAUAAAGACUGCAGAUCUGGGGGGGGGGGGGGGGUCUUUUUUUAUUGUUGUGUGCAGUCCAGGACAGAUCACUGACGUUAAAGUGCAGAUCACCAGGGUUUGUUUGGCUCUUUAAAUAUCACGACAUUAUAUUAAGCAAUGAUUCUAAUGUUAUAAAGCCCGCUGGUCUGUCCCGCGCCCGCUGGUCUGUCCCGCGCCCGCUGGUCUUCUGCAUCGAAAGCUCUGGUUCACCUGCAAAACCAAAGGGACAGACUUCAGACGCACACCAGAAGAGUUCUGGUGGCGGUUUGUCCUUCGGGGCGUCCCGCUCGCCUGCAUCAUCCGGCUGUUCAUAAAGUAAAUGUCUGUCGAUAUUUAAGAGCCAAUAAAACCCAGACGUGCAGGAGGUCAGAUUCUGUUUCCAGUCAAUCAUUCCUGCGUUGCUUCUGUACGGACAUGUUGGACGCUGCCUCGGGUUGUAUUUUGUAAGCUCAAGGUUUUUUCCCCCAAACUGACGUCACUAACCCGUCGGGGGGGCUCUGAGGAUCGAACCCUCGACCUGUUGGACGUGUGGACGCUUUGCUCGGGAACAUUCCUCCGGCUGCAGCUCGGCUUCCAUCAACUCCAGCGCCAAACUGCAUUUAGAAAGUGUGUUUUAACGUUUUGUUGGUGCAGAUGUGAUGUUAGAGGAUCAAUAAACAGUUGAUGGGAAGAGUAAUAAAUGUGAAACGUUUCCUCUGAGCAGGAAGAACUGGUGAAUGUUAGUGUGAGACGUUUCUCUUCCGGUCUGCACAAACACUUCCUGCAGUUUAUUACGUCAUCUGUUUAAUAUUUUAAUCUAACCUUUGACCCCCAGUGUCGCUGCGGCGCAUCAAUAUUAAUCAUUGUUUUACAGCUGCAACGAUUGAAUCAAUUAAUCUGCAGAUUAUUUUCUACUUUUAAUGUUUUGGUGAUUAAAUGUCUUCAAAUCAACCUUUGAGCCUGAAACAACAACUUCAAGGGUUUUUAGAUGAUCAAAAACGUUUAGAAUUCUUUUUCAUCACGUUUAAUCGCUGCAGCUUUAAUUGAAAUGUCGGCCAAAGUUUUAUUUGACUUGUCUGCAAAACUUUCCCGGGAGUUUAACCUGGAUUGUUGUGUAAUUUGAAAGAGACUUCGACACAGGAGUUGAGAUUAGUUUCUGGGGAAACGUAACGUUCUUCAGUUCAGCUGUGACUAACGGUUACUGUCGUUAUGCGUUAAUCUGACAUCAAAUAAAAACAAAUGUCUAUUGGUAAAAGAAUCGUGCAACCAAACAACAUGAAGAAUAAAUUAAUUAUUUCCUCCAUUGUUUUGUGUAUAAGCUCAGUUAAAAGGUAAAAAUCCAAGAACGAAGUCUGACGUUCAAAUGUUUUGUUAAAACCCCCAAAAUAUUCAGAUUACUAGACUUUAAACAGGAACCGUUUAUUUCUCAUCACUUUCUCACGUUAGUUAUUUGCUGAUGGAUUUCUUGAAUAGUUUAAAUUCAAGUUAUUUUAAAAUUCUUUUUUUAAAUUGUCAACUCUGGACUUUGAGGAUAAAUUAAUGUCAAUAGAAAUUGAUAGAGAAAUAAAUAAAUGUGGAAAUAUGUAGAGAAAAGUAAAACAAUUGAAAUAUAAAAUAAAUUUAACAAUGUAAAUAAAUGUGGGACUGAAGAGAAAUAAGUCAAACGUAAUUGAAAUACAAAGAAAGCUAUUAUACAAAUGUGGAAAUAUGAAGAUUAAUAAACAAAACAUGAAACAAUUA